UCCACGGAAUGAACGUAAUGCUGAACCCAAUCUCAAUGUGGAAUCCUCCCGAAAGAAGCUAAUUUCAGGCCAUGGCAAGCCAAGCUUUGCAUCUGAUGAACAGUUUCUAUGCUCCUUCCAUUCUCAGCCGUCUCCUUGCAACCACAGCUUCUCUCUUUCAAGCGCGACAAGCUCACGCUCACAUCAUCAAGACCGGCCUUUCCACACAAACCCACUUUUCCACUAGGCUCAUCUCGCUCUACGCAAAUCAUCAAUGCUUCGCAGAUGCAGAGCUCGUUUUGGGUUCGAUCCCCGAGCCCGAUGUCUUCCCACUCUCCACCCUCAUUUACGCCUGUACGAAACUCAAUCGUUUCGGGCUCGCUCUUGGUUUCCUGUCGCGGAUGUUGUCUCGAGGCGUCUUGCCCGAUGCCCAAGUCCUCCCUAGCGUAUUCAAGGCGUGCGCCGGACUGUCCGACCUUAGAGCCGGACGACCAAUCCAUGGCAUUGCCACUGUAACUGGGCAUACCUCGGAUUCGUAUGUUCAAUCCUCCUUGGUCCAUAUGUAUGUUAAGUGCAAUGGAUUAGCGGAUGCCCGCAAGGUGGUUGAGCUAAUGCCGGACUCAGAUGUGGUUUCUUGGAGUGCUUUAGUUGCGGGCUAUGCUAGACAAGGAUGUGUAAGUGAAGCGAAGGAGGUGUUUGAUGAGAUGGCAAGCUUAGGAAUUGAACCUAAUUCAGUUUCAUGGAAUGGGAUGAUUGCUGGAUUCAACCAGAGUGGGCGGCAUUCGGAUUCAAUCUCGACGUUUCAGCAGAUGCAUUCACAAGGUUUUAAGCCUGAUGGGACUAGCAUAUCCAGUGUUCUUCCUGCGGUGGGAGACUUGGAUAUUCUAAUCGUGGGUAUUCAAGUUCAUGGUUAUGUGAUCAAGCAGGGAAUUGGAUCAGACAAAUGUGUUGUCAGUGCACUUAUAGAUAUGUAUGGAAAGUGUGCCUGCAGUGCAGAGAUGUCACAGGUGUUUGAUGAAAUGGAGCAAUUAGACGUAGGUGCUUGCAAUGCACUGGUUGCUGGGCUAUCAAGGAAUGCCCUUGGCGAUACGGCAUUGAGGGUAUUUAGGGAAUUCAUGGGAAAAGGGAUAGACUUGAAUGUGGUCUCUUGGACAUCAGUGAUUGCUUGUUGCUCUCAGAAUGGUAAACCCAUGGAGGCUUUAGACCUGUUCAGAGAGAUGCAGGUUGCUGGGGUGGAGCCAAACUCUGUCACAAUCCCUUCCUUGUUACCAGCUUGUGGCAAUAUUUCAGCACUAAUGCAUGGGAAGGCAGCUCAUGGUUUCAUUAUUAGAAGGGAGAUCCCUGUUGAUGUUUAUGUGGGUAGUGCACUGAUUGAUAUGUAUGCCAAGUGUGGAAGGAUCCAGGCUUCUCGUCUUUGCUUCGAUGGGUUGCGCACUCGAAAUUUGGUUUGUUGGAAUGCAAUAAUGAGUGGGUACGCAAUGCACGGUAAGGCUAAGGAAGCUAUGGAGAUCUUUCAUAUGAUGCAGAGGAGUGGACAGGAGCCUGACUCCAUUAGCUUCACCUGUAUAUUAUCUUCGUGUAGCCAAUCUGGCUUAACAGAGGUGGGACAAAACUACUUUAACAGCAUGUUUGAAGAGCAUGGAAUUGAACCAAAAGUUGAGCAUUAUGCUUGCAUGGUGACCCUUCUUGGUCGUGCUGGAAAGACGGUAGAGGCUUGUAAUAUAAUCAAGAAAAUGCCGUGCGAACCAGACGCUUGUGUUUGGGGAGCAUUACUGAGUGUUAGUAGAAUUCACAAUAACCUUCAUCUGGGUGAGAUGGCUGCCAGGAAAUUAUUUGAGUUGGAACCCGGAAAUCCUGGGAACUACAUUCUUCUAUCCAACAUAUAUGCUUAUAAGAGAAAAUGGAAUGAAGUAGACAAAUUGCGGGAUGUGAUGAAGGAGAAGGGUUUGAGCAAGAACCCAGGUUGCAGUUGGAUUGAAGUAAAAAACAAGGUUCACAUGUUUUUGGCAGGAGACAGAUCCCAUCCUCAUAUGUCCCUAAUCAAUGAAAAGUUGGUCCAAUUUACUAUGGAAAUGAAGAAAUCAAGUUGUUUCCCGAACACCGACUUUCUUCUGCAUGAUGUGGAAGAAGAAGACAAGGAGCAAAUUCUGUGCGGCCACAGUGAGAAGUUGGCAGUAGUGUUUGGGGUUCUGAACACUCGCCCAGGGUCUCCGCUUCAAGUCAUAAAGAACCUUAGAAUUUGUGGGGAUUGCCACACUGUUAUAAAGUUCAUAUCCCACUUGGAGAGGAGGGAGAUCUUUGUGAGAGACACAAACCGCUUCCAUCACAUCAAAGAUGGGGCGUGCUCAUGCGGGGAUUAUUGGUGAAUGGGUGAUUGAACUGCGUGCUGUUACUACUGUCUGCCAAAGCCUAAGCCUGGAAACUGGAUUAGCAGUGUCUUUGGCACGAGGCCACCACAGUUGAAGCCAUUACCAACCUUUGUGCUGCAGUGUUGUUUACAUUACAGAGUUCGUAGAUUGGAAUAUUUGUUCUGAAGCUUUAACGAGGAGGCGGCAGAAAUCGCGGCCUGUUGCUAAUCCAACAAAAUUUGUGGAUGGUCUCUGACUGUAAGCUUAUGCUUGGAUGCGGAUGAGGGGGUACAGAAGAAAAGGGACAUCAUUUUUCUUGUUUGAACGGAGCACGGAGGUUUCAUGAUAGAAAGAGAAAGAUAAUGACACCUUCCCCUUCUCUUCCAUACACAUAUGUUGCUGCUUACAUCCUAAUACUAAUUUUAGGGUGUUAGGAGGUGAAAGAAAAUAUAUUUAUAAAUAUGAUUAUUAAUUUUUUUA